UAUUGUGGGAGGAGACGCGGCAGACUGUCACUGACAGCUUGAGUAGAGUAAAGGAACAAAUUUGUGGUAAAAUUACUGCUUUUAUUUUUAAGGCCGCUAGAGAUAAUCAAAAUCGUAUGCUGCGAACUCAGAGGAACGUCUGAUAAAGAGAACAGCCUUGGCCCAUUGUUUGAAGGCAUGGAAAAACAGUUGCAUUUGAAUUUGUUAGGUUCCAGACCUCCUAUGCCAGGAGGUUUGCAGUCGGGGUCCAAAAUGAGAAUGGGGCCCGGACGAAAGAGAGACUUCACCUCUCUCCCUUGGAGUCAAUAUUUUGAAACACUGGAAGAUGUGGAGGUGGACAACAAUAGCAGCAAAGACACAUUCAGAAUCUACUGCAGUGGCUCCCACGGGCCUGUGCUGCUCCUGCUCCAUGGAGGAGGCCACUCUGCCCUCUCCUGGGCUGUGUUCACCGCGGUGAUUUGCAGCAGGAUUCAUUGCAGAGUGGUGGCUAUGGACCUCAGAGGUCACGGUGACACCAAAGUCAAGAAUCCUGAUGACCUUUCAGCGGAGACUAUGGCCAAAGAUAUUGGCAAAGUGGUGGAAGUUCUUUAUGGUGAGAACCCACCUCCCAUCAUGAUGAUUGGACAUAGCAUGGGUGGAGCAAUAGCAGUUCAUACUGCAGCAGCCAAUCAUUUGCCGUCGUUACUUGGCCUAUGUGUCAUUGAUGUUGUAGAAGGCACAGCCAUGGAUGCGUUGAACAGUAUGCAGAAUUUCCUCAGGAGUCGACCAAAGACCUUUAAGUCAGUUGAAAAUGCCAUAGAGUGGAGCGUGAAGAGUGGACAGAUCAGAAACAUAGAGUCAGCCCGGGUGUCCAUGGGAGGCCAGGUGAAAAAAUGUGACGAACCCCUGAGUAGCCCUGGUGUCUCUAAGAGCAUCGGUGAAGGCAUUAUUGAAGAGGAGGAGGAGGAGGAGGAGGAGGAAGAGGGAGGAGAAUCGCACCAUAAAAGAAAGAAGGAAGACGACCAGGAGGUGAAGGAGAGCCUUUUCACUUGGCGUGUGGACCUGUCAAAGACAGAGAAAUACUGGGAGGGAUGGUUCAAGGGCCUGUCUGUCCUCUUUCUCACAUGCCCUGUGCCUAAAUUACUGCUGCUAGCAGGAGUGGACAGGCUUGAUAAAGAUCUCACAAUUGGACAGAUGCAAGGGAAGUUCCAAAUGCAGGUGCUUCCUCAGUGUGGCCAUGCUGUCCACGAAGAUGCCCCUGAAAAAGUAGCAGAUGCUCUGGCCACGUUCAUGGUCCGCCAUAAGUUCACUGAAUUCCAGGAAGGGUUCCUGUGACAAGUCCCAGUUUGACUCUGGUCUUCUACUGGCAGUCAUGGAGGUAUUGUGUGGAGAUUCAUGGACAUAUUUUGCCUAUCAACUCGAAAAUAGAUCUGUAUUAAACAAACAGGACUAUACAGCUGCAAAACAUUCACUGUACGACAGUUCUUCAAAUAUUGAGUUUUUAUAACGUUAUUAUUAUGGUUAUUAUUACUGUACAUGAGCUUGUGCCACAUAUGGCUUUGCCUUUUGAUAGUUUUUGUUUUGUUUAUUAAGUUGAAACAUGAUUUCACUUAUCCUUUUUGAAUCUUUUUUUCUUUUCAUUUCUUGCGAUGCCUUGCCUGUUUUGUGUCCUACUUUGGGUGAUUGCAUCAUGUUGUGCCGUGUUUAACAUUGUUGGCUUUUAAGAAUGAUGAUUAAAAAUGAAUGAAGGUCAAA